AAUAUCAACCCAGAGUUUCGACGGUGAAAAGCGUGUCUAGUCGUUCCCAGGGGAGGACUCCACAUCCGGGGCUGUCUUUACCUUUGUUCGGCCUUGGCAGGAACCGCUUGCGGCUCUUGGAGCUAAAUGCAGGCUACCAGGCUACAGGCUACAGCAACCGUGACCAGCCGAAUUAAAAGUGCCGUUGGCGACAUCGUCUUCACUCUUGUAAACCUCACUUUCAGCCUGGACAAUACCAUCACCUCAUUUGAGACAUUCUUCUGUCCUUUGUUAAUCGCAUCUCACCUACUUCAUUCAGACCUAUUCAAAGAACAACACAUCACCCUGUCGAGUUGGCCUCAUAACUACAUCUGCUCAACCCCUUCACGUCGAAUCCUUACCUUCCACCACCUACCAUUAUCACACACAAACCUUCAACAUGCCUGACGAACUUGACGUGCGCGACGACCGUGUCGAGGCUCAGGAGGAUGUUGGUGAAGAAGAAGAAGAAGAGAUCGCGGCCAUGAAGCGGCGCGUAGCAGAAAUGGAGUCGGAAGCGGCCAAGCUUCGAGAGAUGCAGAGUCAGCUUGAAUCACAAGCAGAGACAGGUCCAAGAGAAGACCGAGAGGAUGUGGAUGGUAGAAGUAUCUUCGUUGGCAACGUCGACUACAGUGCUACACCUGAGGAGAUCCAAGCACAUUUCGCAAGCGGACCGGGCACGAUAAAUCGAGUCACCAUACUGUUGGACAAGUUCACCGGUCAUCCAAAGGGGUAUGCAUAUGUGGAAUUCUCAGAAUCGGCACUUGUGUCGCAGGCGUUAGUGCUCAACGAGAGCGUCUUCAAAGGCCGCAAUCUCAAGGUCGUUCCGAAACGUACCAACCUUCCUGGCAUGGGUCGGGGUCGUGGCGGCGGAGGCGGUCGAGGAGGCCCUGUGCGUGGUGGUGGUCGCGGAGGCUUCGGAGGCCGAGGCGGCAUGGGAGGUGGCUACGGCGGUGGUUUUGGUGGACCGCGAGGCAGUCCCCGAGGUGGCUUCCGAGGUCGAGGCCGCGGAUACGCCCCUUAUUGAUGGGCUACCGCCAUGCCUUGCGACAACAUCAAUACAGCAAGCACGUGACACAUUUGAGGUCACAGAGCUCGCCAUGCAGACGAGCCUGAAGCAGCAAUGGGUACGAAUUUUGCUUGGGCACUAAAUUCAGGCGGACGCGGCGAUACAAGCUGGUUCGAGGGUGCUGCGCAUACCAACAUAUGCAUCUGAAGGGGAGAAGAUAUCCAGGGUGCAAGGAUCUCUCCAGGCAAGCAGCGAGGAUGCCAUCACCGACAGGGUGAAAUGAUGCCAGACCAAUCUAGAGCAUUGGGAUAUCAAAAGGUAACUGCCACCAGAAUGUAAUAUCUCUCACCAAAUGAACACUUUGUGAGCUGCAAUCAAAUAAAAUAAUCAAGCUGGCGACAUUAUCGCGCACUUCUUUGCAACCGUAAUCGUGUACUUUGGUAUGAUGUAAGCGACUCGAUAGAAAGAACGCUUGGAGCCCGAAGU